UUCACAUCAAAUCAGUCCUUUACAGCCGUCCAGCUCCUCUUCUCCCUCCUCCCCCUCACCCUCUUCCUCUCCUUCGCCCUGUCAACCCUCCUCCUCGCCCUCGCCGCCGCCUUCGCCUUCGCCCUCUUCUGGAUCGGCGUCGCCAGCCUCUUCCUCGUCCCCACGCUCUUCAUCACGUCUUCCUUCGCGGCGCUCUGCUGGGGAGCCUCGGUGGGGGGCUUCGUCUUCGUCAGGAAAUUGUACCACUAUGCACCGGCGGGGUCUCAACAGGGCAAG